AUGAAGUUUCCAUUGACGAUUCGAAUUGGAGAUUGUUCGGUAAAGCUGCGCGCACUUCGAUUUGGGCGAGUGCACUCCGGAUAUUUACCGCAUACUCGUGGUUGCAAACUGCUCAUCCCAACUCCAUCACCAAAGAGCGCACUACUCGUAGAGCUUCACAAGAUCAACGUCCCAUGUUCCACGGGAUAUAUUCGCUUCGCUCUCACCUCGCCCGCCUUAUGUGGAAAACUAGAACAAAUACCUUCACCUAAUAGGAGAUUCGUCUAUCUGUCAACGAGUAAAAACCCUGAAAUUGAACUCCAUGGUCGACCCACGUUCGCCGUGACGUACCGUUUAGUAGAUUAUUGUUAUGAUGUUCUAUUAACGGCAAGAAACGGCUCGUUCGAAGUCGAACCAACUAGCAAACUCACAUGCUCUUAUAAAAUCCACUUGCCAUAUGGGAAUAAAGUGGCUCUACGCUUACAAAUGGGCACAGGGCCCACAAUGAACAGAGAAAACGAUCUCGCAAAUAUAAUACACGAAGAUGCACAAGCGCAAUGUAAGGGCAUGGAACUGAGUCUUGAAGAUGGGGAAUCUCAAUGGAAUCACUGUUCUCAACCUGGGGAUCCCUUACGCAGCGUUCAGAUAGUCUCAGAAAGAAACUCUGUCCGGCUCAACAUUAGUGUCCUUGGGACAAAGAACACAUUAGCAAUGUGGUUGAAAGUCUGGUGGAUGGAUAAGCCGAUAGAGGAAAUUAUUGGUCACUGUGAUUAUGGGUGGGUGCUAUCGGGUGACUUUUGUAUAACAGCUGUCAGAGGAACCAAGAAAACGUGGCGUCAAGCUGAAAUGGAAUGUGUGAGACUUGGAGGACAUUUAGCGAGCGUUCUCAAUGAGCGGCAACAACAAACAAUGGACCAACUUCUUUUACAUGCGCCCGGUGCAGGAGUGGAUGAUGUGUACUGGAUAGGCGCCACGGAUGCAGUGCACGAAGGGGAAUUCCGAUGGUCAGAUAGCUUGCCAUUCACAUACGCACACUGGUUCCCGGGCUGGCGCAAGCACAGCAGCCAACCGAACGACGACGGUACGUCUGGUCAGGAUUGUGUGGAAGUUCGGCGAGAGUUUCCCCCGCGACCCACACCCUCUGAACCUACCUUCAUGUGGAACGAUAGAGGCUGCCACGAACACAAUUACUUCGUGUGUGAACGUCCUUCCAUAGAAGUAUUAGAUUUAGUGAACGAUUCAGAGUUCGAUUUCUCGUCGGAUGACUCCGAAGAUGACCCCACAUAUGAAAGAAACCGGAAUCGUAAUUAUUCUAGAUCACCUUCUGACGAAUUUAGCGAAAAUCAAAAUUUCUUCUUCUCUUCACUGAGUCUCCAAAUAUACCAAUUCCUUUUCCUUCAUCCUCAAUUUUGGGGCGUGGGAGAGCUUCUAGAUCACGUAUCAGAGGUUCUUUGCGAGGAUGAGGUGGACGAAGUAGAGGUAAACAAGGUAGAGGCAGAAGACCAGCUACAGGCUCCCGAAACUUAA